AUGGACCAAAGAGACCGUCGACUAUAUUCGCCGCCGAGCUUCUAUGAUUUGAAAGAUCACGACCGCCACCGUUCCGAUCGUACCCACAUGAUGCCCGACUUGCCCUUCUCGUCUCACGGCCCGUUACCUAUACCAUCUCGUUCCGUCAUGAACACUGCUCCGCCACCUUUACCCCCACCGCCCAGGAUCCAUGACUUGGAGAACGGUUACGACGCUGGGUGGCUGCAUGCCAAUUCUGGAAGACCAGCUACUGUACUUCCCCCAAUUAACCCCAACUCGAGUCUUUUUGGUGGCCAUCGACGCCCUGACUCUACGCCGCAAAGCGAUCGCAUGGUGGUGGACGAGCUGGAAGGACGACAGAGUGGGUUGCCCUUAGCACACAGCCCUGAGGCCCAGAUCAAGAUAGAGCCACCACCGCCCACCGAUGACGGAUUUCCAAAUUCGAUGUCUAUCAAUUCGGCUGGUCCUAUCCUCAAGGGUGAGCGGGACUUUUCGCUCCGAAGCGUCAAAGACUCGUCAAAUGCCUACGAUCAGCAUUUAUUGUCGAAGAUUGGGAAUUCGCUAUCCCCUCGCAACUCAAUCAGUCAGGGAUCCGACCACCGAGGUUCAAUUUCGGCACUUACCGUUCCAUCUGUUCCAUCCCGAUCAUCUAGCAAUCUGCCUUCUCCAGGGCCGUCAGAAGGCUCAACUCUCGAUGUGAAAUGGUAUAGCAGUCCACAGUCUGGGGGAGUGUCUCCUCGAAGCAAAGUCGGCUGGAGGGAAUAUAUUGAGGGCCGUAGCCCGAGUGUUGAGAGCAAUGCACCUUCUGCACUUGACUACGAUUAUAUGCGAGAUAUGGGUCGACGACGAUAUCGUGGAACUACCCCCUCUCGAGAGGAUAGUAUCAGUUUACCAAGCAGGUCGAAUCGUGGAAGCUAUGACCAAGGUGUCUUCUCCGACAUUGAGGGUGACUUCUCUACCGAUGAGCCAGCGCCCCCGCGACAGUUUAUUCUGCGUGAACCGACGCCGCCAUAUCCAGAGGGCUCCAAACAGGGUAUGAAGCGUAGAGCAUCGUCGCCUCCGCGAGAGCCGAUAACGGACGAUAGGCAUACUUUGCACCUGGCUACGAGCAAUGGCGAUCUAUCCCAACGCCGAACGAGUGGACACCCCCCUUUUACAAAUACUUUGUCGGUCAACACAACUUAUGCCCCGAGCCAUCGAACCUUGUCAGCUGCAUCCUCUCUCAGUAUUCGAACCUCAGGGUCGUAUUCUUCCGCACUCUCGAUUGGAGGCAGCAGCAUGACUAGCCUCUCCCCUUACGACCGGCCCUCACCGGGUGGUCUUUCGCCCAGCUCUGAUUUGGAUACAUUCCAUGAAAAAUCGAUUUUGAAUCCAAAUUUGCCUGCAACGGGCCUUGUUCAACCAGUUGUACGACCAGUCGCAUCUUCAAAUACUCUUGAACCUCCCACAACAGACAUUACCGGAAAGGUUAUCAUGCCGACUGCUUUGACUGCACCAAAAGCCUCUGCUCCCAAGAUUAGUGGACUAUUCAUCUGCGAUUGCUGUCCAAAGAAACCAAAGAAGUUUGACAAUCCAGAUGAUCUACGUGCACACGAGAUGGAAAAGCAGUACUCCUGCCUAUACUGCAACAAUCGCUUCAAGAACAAGAAUGAAGCAGAGCGUCACCAAAAUUCCCUCCAUCUUCGUCGCCAUUCCUGGUCCUGCGCUGCACUGCCCGGGUUUCAGGCUGCGUUCCAUGGCUCCGUCACCCCGUCCUGCCAAACCAAUGCCGGUCCAUCGCAUGACACUUGUGGCUAUUGUGGGGAGGAAUUUCCAAACUUCCCUCGUCCAGACUGGGACCGCCGUUUCGAGCACUUGACUACUGUCCAUAAAUUCGGCGAGUGCAACAAUGCCAAAAAGUUCUUCCGUGCGGACCACUUCCGCCAGCACUUGAAGCACAGCCAUGCCGGGUCUAGCGGCAAGUGGACUAAUAUCCUGGAAAACGCUUGCAUGAAGGAAGAGCAGCCACCGGAGCCUCGGGAUAAGACUGCUGGGAAUUCUGGCCCACAAUCAAAUGCUGGAUCUUUGACCGCAAACACAAUUGAUGAAGUUCUCAGCGAGCAAUGA